AUGAACGUCAACUUAUUUCCUGUGUAUUGGGAUAUUAUACCGCCUGAUCCGAUAUACGCCGAUGAUGGCACGAUUGGCACGACAAAAUUCAGCAUAUUGGAUUUACGUACUGAAGACGAACGUCGUAAAAAAGCUCAGAUCGCUAAAAGGGAACGAUUAGAUCGAGAACAACAUUUAGAAAUAGAGGCUGCUAAACAAGCUGAUAUAGUUCAAAAGAAAGAAAAAGCCGCACUCAUCGGCACAAGUUGGAAACACGUUGAAUCGCGCAGUAGAAUGAUGUUUAAAUAUAUUAGACUUAACGAUAUGUUUCAUGCAGCCAUGACGCGUAUUCGAGAAAAACAAUUGCAAAACCUAGCUUCUGGUGGGACAAAUCACUAUACGAAGACUGCACGUGAAGAUGAUCCAUACGCUUCUCCGUUCACCUCAGAGGAUACGAAAGUCCUCGAAUUUCAGCCCAAUAAGCGCGAUGUUGAUAGAAAUAUAGUUCAUAAUGCCACCGCUUGUAUAACUGAUAUGGGAUUAUGUAAGUCAGCAAAUUAUAAUGAACUAGAAAAUACAAAAAAAUGUAUUUAUGAAUCUUUACAAAUUGAUAUUUAUCAAUUGAAUACUAAAGGUGAUGAAGACAAGGGGAAAAAUGGAAAUGUUUCCAUAAUGAUGGAUUAA